GUGAUCAAUAUGGCGGAAUUUCAGAAAAAGAUGUCGGGAAAGGAAUUAUGAUAAAACAUCGAACAGAUGUGUUUAUCGGGGAUAUAGCUGGGUUAAUGUGAACUCAUAUGAUACAGUACUGUUAGUUACUCCACAUUACGGUCGUAAAGGUGAUCUGCAGCAAUCUGAGGAACUUUAUUUUGGUAAGACAUGGCAGACGAGCGCAGACAGAAGCAAUGCACUGUUGUGCUCCCCACCGAGUCAAUGAAGGUGAUGGCAGAGUCGGUGGGCGUGCAGCUGCAAGAGGAGAGCUGUGUGGCCCUGAGCGAGGAAGUAAGUUAUCGAAUUAAAGAAAUAGCACAAGAUGCCCUCAAGUUUAUGUCCCAUGGAAAACGGCGAAAACUGACCACUAGCGACAUUGAUAACGCUCUCAAACUGAAAAACGUAGAGCCCCUUUUCGGGUUCCAGACACAGGAGUUCAUCCCCUUUCGCUUCGCCAGCGGUGGAGGACGGGAGCUGCACUUCUACGAGGAGAAAGAGGUAGACCUUAGCGACAUAAUCAACACACCUCUCCCCAGGGUGCCCCUAGACGUCUCCCUCAAAGCUCACUGGUUAAGCAUCGAGGGGGUCCAGCCCGCCAUACCGGAGAACCCCCCGCCUGCCCCGAAGGAGCAGCAGAAAGCGGAGUCCACCGAGCCGCUGAAGGCGGUCAAACCGGGCCAGCAGGAGGAGGGCACGGGACAGGGCAAAGGACAGGGCGCGACCUCGGCGGAGGGCAGCAAGGUGAAGAAGGAGGGCAUGAUGCGCAUCAAGCCGCGCAGCACGCACGAGCUGUCCGUGGAGCAGCAGCUGUACUACAAGGAGAUCACGGAGGCGUGCGUGGGCUCGUGCGAGGCGAAGCGCGCAGAGGCGCUUCAGAGCAUCGCCACGGACCCGGGACUCUACCAGAUGCUGCCCCGGUUCAGCACCUUCAUUUCGGAGGGCGUGCGCGUCAACGUGGUGCAGAAUAACCUCGCGCUCCUCAUCUACCUGAUGCGCAUGGUCAAGGCUUUGAUGGACAACCCGACGCUGUACCUGGAGAAGUAUCUGCAUGAGCUGCUGCCCGCGGUGGUGACGUGUAUCGUCAGCAAGCAGCUGUGUCUGCGUCCGGACGUGGAUAACCACUGGGCACUACGCGACUUCGCAGCACGCCUCAUGGCACAGAGCUGCAAGACAUUCAGCACCACCACCAAUAACAUCCAGUCGAGAAUUACCAAGACAUUUACGCGCAGCCUACUGGACGAUAGGACCCAGUGGACGACGCGUUACGGCUGCAUAGCAGGUCUCUCUGAGCUGGGGGCGGACGUCAUUAAGACCCUGAUCGUACCGCGGCUCUCUGUGGAGGGAGCGCGCAUCAAGGCUGUCACAGAGGGCCCAGUGGUGUCCACUAUCGAUAAGAUCGGUGCGGAGCAUGUCCAGAGCCUGCUGCUGAAGCACUGUGCCAGCGUAGUGGCCAAGACGCGCUCGCUACCCGACACAGUGGACCAAUACCGGGCCGACUACGGCUACCUCGGACCGCUGCUCUGCUCUCAUGUAGUCAAGGCACGCGCACAGGCAGCACUGCAAGCACAGCAGGUGAACCGCACCACCCUGACCAUCACGCAGCCGCGGCCCUCUCUGACGGUGACCCAGGCAGGUCUGGGAUCCGGCACCAGCUCCGUGGGGGGCGGUGGGAGCAUGGGUGUUGGUUCGCGGCCCCCCAACAUCAUCAAGGUUCCCAGCUCGCUCACGCUCAUGUCCACGCGGCCCGGGACGCCGACCCAGCCCUCCCCGCCCGCCACCAAGUACAUCGUCAUGGGAACCAGCGCGGGCUCCGCCUCCACACAGCAGGUCAUCACGCUGACCUCCGCGGCGGGGGGGUCACCAGUUACCAGCACGGUCCCCAGUGUCACCCACGCACACACGCCCACUACCUUACAGCCUCUGGUCAAGGUGGAGGCGGGAGGGGGGCCCGCCGGUGGCGUGGGGGUCGGGGGGGCCAGGCCACUGCAGAAAUACAUAGUGGUGUCCCUCCCCACCUCCUCUUCCUCCUCCUCCUCCACCUCCUCCUCCGCGCUGGACAAGGGAGCUCACGGCACCUCCUCUCCCAUCACCAUGGAGACGCCAGGUGGGGUCAAGUUGGAGAGAUCGGAGUCACCUGCCGCCAGCACGCACUCGCCUCACUGAAGAGGGCACGCACAAACACACACACACACACACACACACACACACACACACACACACACACACACACUCUCACCACACACUCUGAACAUUAUUCACAUAUACACACAUUUGUCACACUGAAAAUGAGAGGCACACACACAGAGACCCACACUUUCACACGCUCCCUCUCCCACUCUUCACAAUGGACAAACACACACUGACCACAUACACACACUUGCAUAUCUGAAUAGUUUUUUUAUUUAUCCUAAUUUUUAUCCCCAUACAAAUUACCGAACCUCAGACACAGAAGCCCAUUGUAGUCCAGUGUGUUUGGAGAAGCCUGUGGGUGGGGGUGAGCCCCAAAAGUAAUUAAAGUGAUACCAUUUCUGGAAAUAAGCUCAUUUUACACCUAACCUGGAGUUAAAUAACUGAUUACUGAGCUUUACCUUUCUCCUGUACUUGAAGCUGUUCUCUUUGUCUAGUGAUGUUAUUUCUAGUUCCAUGCUAGCAACUAUCAUUGCAUCUUAUGGGACCAGCUAGCCGUUAGAUGGUCCCAUAAGAUUAAGUGAUAAUUGCUAGCUUCGAGGUAUAAUUUUUCGCUGCCAGAUUCAGAAAACGACUGGAAGUACAGGAUAGAGGUCAAUUAUUUAACUCAAGGGGAGGUGUAAAAUAAACCUUUUUCCAGAACAGUAAUGCUUUAAAAGUCUGAUGUGGGUUAUGUUUUGGACUGUAUGGUUCUGUUGGGCGUUUUUAAUGUGUUAGAUAGAUAUGGGUGUGAAGAUGGAGGAUAUAGCAGUGAGGGGGGGAAACAGUGAUGGAAAAAAAAGUGAAAAAUAUUUGAUAAGCUUAUAUGAUGCAUGACGCCUUGUGUCAGUCAAACAUUAUUAUU